UGCUGGGGGCUCGGGGCGACCCGCUGGACCAUGGCUGCCAAAGACGACCUGUACAGUAAGAUCCUUCCGCGGAGGCUCCGGCAGAACCGAGCGGGCUCAGUGAAAUGCGGCUCCAACCUUGACGUGCUGCUGUCCAUGGGCUUCCCCAGACCAAGGGCACUGAAAGCUCUGGUAUCAACAGGAUGCCGGAGUGUGCAAGCAGCAUGUGACUGGCUGUUUUCCCAUGUGGACGACCCGUUCCUGGACGACCCACUGCCCAGGGAGUUCGUCCUCUACCUGCGGCCCAGUGGACCACUUCAGAAUCAGCUCUCCCACUUCUGGCAGCAGAGUCGAGUCACUUGUGGCAAAAACAAAGCCCACAACAUUUUCCCUCAUAUCACUCUCUGCCAGUUCUUCAUGUGUGCAGACAACAAAGCAGAAGCUCUAUGUGAGGCCCUCCAGGCCACCGUACAGCAGUGGCGAGGUCGUUUUCCGAGCCCGCUGCCCCUAGAACUCUACACAUCCUCCAACUUCAUUGGUCUCUUUGUGGAGGAGCAGGUGGCCGACAUCCUCAAGCAGUUUGCGGCUGACUUUGCCACAGAGGCUACAAGGAAAGCAGAAGUUCAUGUGGAGCCUCACAAGAAGCAGCUCCAUGUGACUCUGGCCUACAACUUCCCCACUGAUCACCUCGCCUCACUGGAGAAACUGGCUAAAGGCAUCGAAGUCAAGCUGGGCUGCGAUUGGCUGGCUGUCUUGUUCUCCCGGGACAUUCGUUUUGCUAACCAUGAGACUCUGCGGGUGAUGUACCCCUACAUGCCUCAGAAUGAGGAUGAGCUGGAGCUGGUUCCCGGGGAUUUUGUCUUCAUGUCUCCAGUGGACCAGAGUAGCACCAGUGAGGGCUGGGUGUACGGGACCUCACUGGCCACCGGGCUUUCUGGCCUGCUGCCGGAAAACUACGUCAGCUUGUCUGAUGAAUCCGACACUUGGGUCUUUCAUGGAUCCCAUUCCUUCUUCAGUUGUGGGCCCAGUGACAAGAGCAGUAAGGAGAGAGGGAUGUUUGAUGGACUGCUGGACAGCCGACGCCCUGAUAACACGAGUCCGGGAGACACGCCCACCCUUAGUCUCAUUUGUCAUCCAAUGCAGGUCCUACGGAUCAGCAGUGGUCAUUCUCGGCAGUCCAAGCGCACACUUUUUGUCUGCCGGCACGGUGAGAGGAUGGAUGUGGUCUUUGGCAAACACUGGCUCUCCCUCUGCUCAGACAGUAAAGGUAGAUAUGUACGUUCCAAUCUGAACAUGCCUCCCAGUUUGCCUCUCUGGGGGGGGCAGAGAGACUAUGACAUGGACACUCCUCUCACUGUGUUUGGAUCCACACAGGCUCAACUAGUGGGUGAGGCACUACUAGAGAGCAACACAGUGAUAGACUUUGUGUACUGUUCUCCCUCUCUGCGAUGUGUUCAGACUGCACAGAACAUCUUGAAAGGUCUGCAGCAGGACGGUAAAGUGAAGGUGAGAGUGGAACCAGGGCUUUUUGAAUGGACCAAGUGGGUUUCUGGGAACUCCCUGCCUGCAUGGAUACCCCCGGCUGACCUUGCGGCUGCCAACUUCAGUGUGGACACAUUGUACAGACCCUUGAUCCCAGUCAGCAAGCUCAUUGUGUCUGAGUCGUAUGAGAACUACAUGAGUCGAAGCUACCAAGUGACCAAAGAUAUCCUGUCGGAUUGUAAAAACACUGGAAACAACGUGCUGAUUGUAGCCCACGCGUCUUCCUUAGAGGCAUGCACACGCCAGCUGCAGGGCCGCAGCCCGCAGAGCGCCAAGGACUUCAUCCAAGUCGUCCGAAAGAUCCCCUACCUGGGCUUCUGCUCCAGUGAGGAGCAGGGGGACACAGGGGUGUGGCAGUUAGUGGACCCUCCCAUCCUGCCCCUCACACAUGGACCAAACCACACCUUUGACUGGAGGGAGACACUUCUGCAAGAAUGAUGUCUUCCUGACAAGUUCCCCCCACCAUAGCCAACCCAACCCGCUCAUACUGUACUCCCACAGGAAUGCGGUAACGAGUUCGAACCAUUGGAACAUUUAUCUUUUUAGCCUCAUUCAUGCAGCUGCUGGUGUUGUAGCUGUGACAGCUGAAGGAGCUUCCUGCCUGAAGAUGAGCCCAUGGUGAACUGACUGGUUCCACAGGGAUUUAACACGUGUAAAUGCCCCAAAAUUAAACAAAAAAAUGCCAGUGCAGGGCUGGGUGUUAUAUGCAUUGUGUGAGAGAGCACUCAUGGCAAUUCAGUUAAUAAUCAGUCUCAGGAAAUGUUGUGAAGUUAGUAUAAACUCUGCCUCUGUGCAUGAUUAGCUAGACAAAAAGAAAUAGUGAAAAUGAUUACAACAAUUGAUGUAAUCCCAUUCAAAGCUAGUGCUCAAUAUGAUAGUUUGGAUAUUUUUUCUUAGCUCUCUGAAAACUCAGGAUUUCUAUUUUGUUAAGUUUAUUUUUGCAGAAAUGUUUUCAUAUUCC